CCCAAGAUUAAUGGGGCUAUACCAGAAGGUGGGGAUGCGGUGACACUUUUUAGCUGUUACGGAAAUACGGAGGAGUGCCGGAAUUCCCCCGCUUCGGCCGUCCUCGUGGAUCUUCUCAUCCUCGCAUCCUCGCCCCUUGGAAAUCCCCCGAGCACAUCACGGUUUAUCAUGUCUCCAGUAGAAAACCUAACUCGCAUCUUCCCGGGCACUACGGCGCCUCUGAUUUGCAAUGCCCCCAUGGCUGGAGCUACGAAUGCUGCCUUGGCCGGCACCGUGACCAAGGCCGGCGGUCUAGGCUUCAUCAGCGGAGGCGCCAAUUUCGCCAAGGACUCCGAAGAAACCAAGCAGUUUCGCGCCGAGCUCGAUCUCGUCCGAGAACAAUUCCCCACGCAGACGCCGCUCCCCAUCGGCAUCGGAGCACUCACCAUGCUGGCUGAUUCCUGGACCGAGGACUUCGUCGCCCUAGUCGCCGAGUACCGGCCCGCCGCAGUCUGGUUGUUCGGCAACAAGCGCCGAGACCAGCACCAGACGCUGGUGGCUCAACUGAAGGCCGUCGGGCAGGCAUGGGGUCUCCAGGUGAUCGCUCAGGUGGGCAAUGUGUCAUUGGCGCGCGAGGCCGUGCAGGAUGGGAUCGAUAUUCUGGCGGUUCAGGGCACGGAUGCCGGGGGACACCAGUUUCGACAGGGCGCGAGUCUGAUGACACUCCUGCCGGAUGUUGCCGACAUGUUGAGCUCGGAGUUUCCGGACAGGCGGGUGCCGAUUCUCGCUGCGGGGGGGAUUAUGGAUGGGAGAGGGGUGGCCGCUUCGUUGGCGUUGGGUGCUGACGGGGUGGUUAUGGGGACACGGUUCCUGGGCACGAAGGAAUGUCCAUGGACGGACGAGAUCAAGAGUCGUCUUUUGGCGGCGGACAAUGGAGCCUCGAGCACGGCCAAAUCACCGGUUCAUGACGUGGUGACCGGCAUGAAGAGUUUCUGGCCGGGGCAAUACGACGGGCGAGCCAUCAUCACCGAAUCUUUCGAGAAGACGCUGGCGGGCGCAGAUGAAGACGAAAUUAUCCGGCAGUACAAAGAAUUGCUCGCCGCGCCGGAUGGGCAUCUGCAUAAAGUGAUCUGGGCAGGCGCCGGGGUGGGACAGUUGACGGCGGUUGUGUCGGCGGAGACGGUCGUGACGGAGACGCGGGCGCAGAGUCUGCAGCGCAGGGCUCUGUAGCUAACUUAGCAGCAGAUCUUCAAGCAAGGCCGGCUGGCCCAAUGGCAAGGCGCUUGACUACGAAUCAAGAGAUUGCAGGUUCGACCCCUGCGUCGGUCAAUCUUUUUGUUUUUCUUUUUGCCUCCGCUCUAAGCUAAGCUAAGAAGCUAAGCCUACUUACUCCGGAGUAGUCAAAUUAGUAUGAAUUAAUGAUAUUCC